GGGCUGCAGGUGCAGUUGUGGUUCAGUGUCAGUGUCAUAAUCAUAAAUUUUUGGCGAAACAUUGUGUAAUCCUCUUUCGAUUGGGUAAACAAAACCCAAUGCCAAGUGCCACGCCCACAAACACGACAAUAAUGAGGGGAUCGGGAUUGGGUAUGGAAGCAACUCAAGCAAGUGGUCACAGGUGGCUCCUCGUCUGGAUGACGGUGCUGCUCCUGGUCGUUCCACCGCAUUUGGUCGAUGGCCGUUACCUGCCGACAAGGUCGCAUGGCGACGAUUUGGACAAGUUGCGUGAACUGAUGCUGCAGAUUUUGGAGUUGAGCAAUGAGGACCCGCAGCAGCAGCAGCAGCAGCAACACCCACUGCGUCUGCACAAUGAGGCCAACGGUGGCAGUAACAACAACAACAACAACAAUCUACGUGCGUCCAACGGCAACUCAAACGCCGCCUGGCUACAAAAGUUGAGCGCAAUGGGUGCCCUGGAUGAGCUGGGCGGCGACGGUGCCCGGUUUGCACCCAACUAUGGACGUUAUUAAGCCAUCUAAGACACACCUGACGCACACACAACCUGACGACACACCCAGCAGCAGCAACAACAACAACAGCAGCAGCAACAACUGCGACAAAGGAAACUGGCAACUGGAAAGCUUGAAGUGGUGUUUUUUUUUGGGGGGGGGAGUGAAAACCAUGUUGGACAUGAGAGUGAAUCUCAACGGUAAAAAAGGGCUGUUCACAGGAUUAAAAUCCAAUUGAGACGAAGAGCAGAGUGCGUGAAAAUGGACAAAUAAAUGGAGCAAAGGAUUCUCCUCUCUUUGGGAAAUCACUUUGAAGUGCUUUUUGAACGAGUCUCGAGCGUAGAAGGACACUCUGGGAAAUCACUUUCAAAGGCUUGUGACCCUUUUUUUGACUAAACAAAACUUUAAUGACCCUUGCGAAGUCCUUGUUUAAAGGCAAAGGAUAAACACUCUGUUUGUUUUUAUAAUCUAAAAACCCUUUUAAAUUAAUUCAGUGAUUUUAUUAUUAUUUAAAUGAAAUAAAAUAGUCUUUGGUUAUAUUAUUUUCUUAGAAUUUUGGUGUAUUUUACAGUCAAUAAUGUACAACAUGGUUUCCCCUUCAAUCCCAAAAACCCAUACACACUCAAUGGUUUAUUAAAUGCAACUGGAAAAACUGAUGAAAAAAAAUAUAAAGACACGUGAAAACUGAAUAAACUAUAAAGGACAACAAAAGGCAGUUCCUAAGCUAGAACAAUAAUUUUUAAAAAACUCAUUAAAGAGAACUAACUUGUACCUAUAUGUAUAUGUACCUAUGUGUUGUAGAGCAACCCCCCGUCCCUCAAGAAAAUACAUUAAAAAAAAAAACCCUUGAAAAGUAACCCCCUUUUAAUGGUCAGCCAACAAAAAGAGAUAAAAAUAAAAACUACCAUUAAAACCGAGUCAGAGUCAAUUGUAAAUAUUUUAAAGCCCAGAAAUACAGAAAAAGAAAGAAAAAAAAUAAGAAAAAGAGACCCGAAAGCCCUCCGGAGCCCCAUGAACAAUAAUAAUAACUGGAGUUUUUAAUGGGCCCCCAAGGCCAAAGUGGGGCAUAUAUAUGAAGAUAUAUAUUUAGUAAAUGUGUUGUGUAUUUAUAAACUAUAUGUACAACUCCCAAACUAACUAACCUCCACACUAAAGUCGAGAAGAUGGCCUCCGCAAUGGCACGAAGUUUCAGAGAUAUACAGAUAUAUAUAUAUACAACUUUAUUAUAUUCGUAACUACUAUAUACACAUAUAUACUAUAUAUAUAUAUAUAAAUGUACAUCUAAUUGUUGUUAUCGUUAUUUAUACUUAUGAUUCGCCGCCGCAGCAGAAGCAAACAAUAAAGGAAAAAUCAUUUUCAAAUGCAACUAUAA